AUGGGUUGUAGAAAAAGUUUUCGUAUAUUUCUGAAAAUAAUCAUCUCGUUGGGAUGUCUAACACUGUGCGGUUACCAGAUAUAUAUCGUGGGUGUGCUGUACCUGUCAUAUCCGACCACGGUGGAUUUACAAAUUGGCCGAUCGCUCAAUGUCCAUUUACCCGGCAUCACAAUUUGCACCGAGAUUUCGGCCACUAUUAUCACCGACAAAAUCAUUGAACUACAACCAUCGCUUUACGCAGCCCUACAUGUGGGGUAUAGACAGGGCGAUGCCCAAAUCACUAGCAACAGGAUCAAUUGUAGCGCCAUUGCCGACAUCGUUGAAACUAUUUCCUAUGACCAGAAAUGUUAUACACUAUUUUAUAAUAAUGGCAAUAAUUAUGAUAAAAGUAAGUACAGGAUUAACCGUGAUGAAGCGGCCAAUCUCAAGAACCUGGCCUGGAUCAGGAUCAAUCGCGAUUAUAUGUUCAACGGUCUGAUUUACAUUCAUUCACCAAAACAGCUUCACCAAUACUCCAACGGCAACAACGUGUGGCAAAUCAACGCCAAUCGGGACCAGUUCAUCGGGCUGUCGUUCACGCGUCAAACCACCAAGCUCCUACCGCAACCCUACGCCACCCAGUGCAAAAACUAUAGCCUAGAGGGUUUUACAUCGCGGCAACACUGCCUAUACGACUGCAAAGUAACCGCCUAUACGACGGCCGACGGGUGGCCGGGCGACGUGUUCGCCACCCAUAACGUCACCUAUAGUUUCUCGAAGCUCUGGAUGAACGACAAGUCGCCGGCAGGACAUCUGGAGGAAGGCCUGUCUGUGGACCAGUUGUGUCGCCGCAAGUGCGGUGAGUACGAGGACUGCACCACAACUUUCUACGAGGUUCGCCCACUCAGGACCGAAGAGCGCGAUGAGGAUGACUACGAGAAUAUGGAUUGGUUUACCAUUGGUAUUAUGCCGCCCAAGUCGGUCGAUAUGACCAUGGUGCAUUUGCCCAAGUACGAACCCAUCGAGUUUGCUAUAUACGUGGGCGGACUGAUCAGCCUAUACCUCGGCGUCAGCGUUGUGUCUGUAAUCGUGGCGUUGUUUGCAUUCCUCACGUUUACCUCAAAGAAGGGUCCGUUUGGUCCGUCAAAGAAGCCCUCGUCAGCCAAGUCUAGCCAUGAGAUGCUGUCAAUGGACAAGACUGGCCGACCCGUCGCCGGCGGCUGCACCGGUAGAAGUGGUGCCGGAGACGGCGCGUCAGAUGUAGAAACUAAUAAUAAUAACGAUAACCCGUUUAUUAAUAGGGAAAGGCAACCGGUGAGACCGGCCCCGGAACCGCCCCGGCAUCGCUACCCGGGCAUAUUUCAUUUUAUGUUUGAAACUUAG